AUGACCAUUCCUGAUUCGAGCUUCCAGGAUAACAAAGGUACCCAAAUGUUUUUCGCGAUGUCAGAUGCAACAGGGCCAGUGAGUGGUGGGACGUCAAGUUUGAUGGUGGUUGGGGAUGCAACGAGUGGACAGUCGUAUAAUACCACUAGUCCUGGCAACGAGUUCUUCUCUGUCGAAAGCACGCUCACUCAGUGCAGCGGCUUCCCCCUCACGCUUUAUGACAGUGCCAGACUACCAUUAACAAUCUUUGCGUGGAUUCCCGGUGGUUUAGAUUCUUUUGUUCUUCCCUUCGGUCCACCAACAGCCACCAGUUUCGAUUGGAAGGCCAACAUCUCAGCACAGACGCAAGUUACUUUCUCGGUGAUAGACUCGCAAGGAAGAAGUGGUGGCACCGAUAAUAUCCACAUCGUUGAGCCCUCCAACCGACAAGUUGUGUUUGCUAAGUACUGA